GUGAGAGCCAACCGCUUCCUGCUGGAAGCUUGGUUCAGAACUUCUCUGGGCUGACAUUGGGCUCGGGCUUGUCUGCCUGUCUGCAAAAUGAGAUGUUAGUCAUGUUACCAUUUGAAAGAACCUUGUUCAUGGCAUUCCACUUGUACCCUUUGACUGCUGCCUGGAAUGGUAGGGAAUUGCACUGAGUCUGCACAUGCACGGAGUGAGGUCAAUUGAAAAUUGUAUACUUCCAAAGUAUUUUGUGCUCAUUUCAUAUGUUUCCUUUUGUUUCGAGGAAUAUCUUCUCUUAGAAUAUAAUUUUCAUAAAUUCAAAGUUUAAGCUCUUGUUAUCAGGAUUUGCUUCCAUUCGUAUGUGGAGUUCCAUGUUUCCGCAUGAGUUCGAGUUUAUCAAUGCGAUCGAUGGUGAUCUGUACAUCCUCCUUAUGAGGGGGCUCUUCCUGCAUCCCUCACUAUGCGGUUCCAUUAUGGCCUUGUGGCUGUGGUUUGAGUGGACUGGUGUGUCUGAUCUCCUGAUCAAGAUAAUUUCCUUGUCUCCAAUAAUAAUCAAUCGACUCAGCGAUGGGGCUGUGACUUGCCUCAACAUCAUUGGAAUAAGAUGUUUACACCGACUGGUGCCUGAACUAGUGAAAUCUCCCUGAAUUGUAUCCUCCUUGGGACAGAGGGGUAUUUGGAGUACUUCUGUGAGAAUAGCAGAUUGUUUUCCCAGAAGUUGUGAAUCGGUGAAGUGACAUAUCAUCGGUUUCUUGUCCAAUCUUGAUGUGAGAGCGCAAGCCCCUCCUGCUGAAAACUCGGUUCAGAACUUCUCUAGGCUGACUUUGGGUGAGGACUUGUCUGCCUGUCUGCAAAAUGAGAUGUUAGUCAUGUCUUUCACUUGACCAUUUGAAAGGACCUUGUUCACGGCGUUCCUCUUGUACCCUUUUAGCUGCUGCACUGGAAUGAGAGGGAAUUGCACCAAGUCUGAACAUGCUUGGAGUUAGGUCAAGUGAAGACUGUAUACUUCAAAAAGUCAUUUGUCCAUAUUCUUCUGAGCGGGAAAUUAUAAAUAGGCUUGUGGCCACUGCUAAGAUAGUCUCAAUGUUGCAGUAUCCAUCUCAGAUUGGGUGGAUGGCAAGUCCCUGUGGAUGCUUAAUGAGUGGGCUGUUUGUCUGCAUGAACCCGUUCAAGUUGCUGACACAUACUGGCAGUAUGUGAUGAUGCUCUUAUUUGUGUUGGUUUUCUUGUCUUCUGUGGUUCCUGGUGUCCUGUGUUGGGCUGCCGUUUGGUGUUGGUGAACUACUGAACUUCUGUAUUGAAGACUUCUGCAGCCCAUUUGAUGAAUAAGGAUUUAAACUUUAUUGCAUUAUUUGGAACUUACCAUUAUUCACUUGGUCCAGAGAAAGGUUUGGAACCUCUGGCAUUAUUUUUUACUCUUCAUUUCGAUUUAUCUUUUGAUUUGAUAGUCUAUUUGCUAUUGGAAUUGGCAAGCUUCCAGGAAUUCCAUAGAUGUGAGAAAUUUUCCUCAAUAAAUAUAUGAAAGAAGUGGAUUGAUGUUGUGAAAGUACAUCAUGAGUGGUAUGCUCUAUUUGCCUUAACAAUUCUUGCUCUUGACAUUAGUAAAGUUGAUGUUUUUUAUAUACCUGACAUACUGUCCAUACUUCUGCGCUGCACUUAGAUUUGAUGUAGAUUUGAUGUAUUUACUGAAGCUAAACCUUUUUUUGGUUAUCUGGCUUUUAUUAUUAUUAUAAAUUGCACUUGUGUUUAGUUUGUAGGAUUUUACAUGAUUUUUCAGGUACUCAUUCUAAUAAAGGUAUGAGCUAGAGUAAUUAAGGUAAAAAAAGUCUUUUAAGUUCUUGCUACUGAUUCCAAUAUUUUGUAUGAAACUUAAGCAUAUCGUAUCAUUAGUUUAUGAUGUAACCUGAGUUUGUGACUGAAGAAGAUGUACGAUCAGUUGUGCUGAUCACCUAGGUGCGCCCAAUUUUCCCCUGGGCCCGAAUUUUGUUAAUAUUUCCCCUCUUCCUCAUGUUGAUCUGAAGAAAGAUAUGGUAACCUUAUGCUUUUCUUUGGCUACUUUGCGUGGGUGUGCCUAAACUUCUCUGUGCAUUGCAAGUAAGAAUCAAGAUAUCCUUGGCUUUUAUGUUGUGAUAAUUCCUGGGGUUAUAAGUUACUACCACCUUCCAAAGAUGAUAUUCCAGGAAUGAUUACUAUGCAUCAUUAGUUAUUUUAUGUUUUCUUCUCUUACUGCUGAUAGCCACCUCAUAAUGAUAGCACUGGGAUACUGCCAUAUAAUGUGGUAUUGGAGCACAUUUUUCACCUGCAGCCAGUGCUUCUCCUCCACAAGGAUACUUCCUGGAACUAAUAGCAUGUCUGAUCCACGGGAUGCAGUGCACGAUUGCUAGUUCUUUGGUGCAAUUGAUUGUGAACUGUAUGCCUUUCCCAUAUGGGACCUCUCCAGGAUCCUUCGGUAUGUUUCAACAUUGUAGGCCUGUGGCUGUGAUUUGAGCGUGUAGGCAUUUAUACAUUGUCAAGAUCAUCUUGCUAUCGACCUAAAUUCCUUACCAAUAAUGAGGCAGAGGUAUGCCUUAAGGUCCUCGAACUCCACUCUGAAUCUUUCGUGAACCAGUGGAUAUUCCAGCGACUUGCAUCCUUCUAAGAUCACCUAUAUUACAUGCAAAUGUUCUACAAGAACAGGGAACUGUUUCCCAGGAAGUAUAUAUAAACUGGCAAACUGCAUGGUGAAUUUGGAACAAGCUCUGAACAGUCUACAUUGUUGGUUCAAUUCUCUCUUGUUCUGGCAAAGACGGGUCCAUCUUUCUGGAAAAUGCGAUGGGGUAUUUCUCAGGGCCAUGUUUGCGAUAUUCACUGAGGUUUCCCCUUCAUUGAGCCUGAAAUCAGGCAGUUCUUUCAUUGUUUGGGAACUGCAUUGAUUUUGUGUACAUGCAUGAAUCAGGGCACGGAGGGGAGCCUGUGUAUGCUCAGAUAUUUUUUCUCAGUUCCUCGAUUGUACACAGUAUUCUGAAGUGGAAGAUUGUGGUGAAGGUGGUUGUCAAUGUUAAGAGUUCUGUAUGAGGGCAAUUGCAUCUUGAAUUGGUGGGAAGCUGGACCUCUUGUCUUCCCUCAAGCACCGACCUGCUUAGCUACAAGUAGAUAUGGACUGAUGAUAGCAGACAUUGGAGAUGCUCUUGUUUGUUUGGAUUUUAAUGUCUUCUGGUGGUUUCUGAUGUCCAGUUGAUGGGCUUUGUUCAUUGUUUGGUGUCUGGUGAUCUGCAUUCAUGGAAGUGGUUGUGUUUUGGCCGAAUAAUGCCAGGGCACUAUUGGGAAGACUUCAGCGGCCCGUCUAAGGAAUGCCUUAGACGUGGGAAAAUCUCCUAUAUAAAGAUACGGAAGAAGCGGAAGGAUGUUGUGAAAGACUGAAAGUACAUCAUGCACGCCACCUCAUAAAUGAGAGCACUGGAAAAUUGCUAUAUAAUGUGGAGUGUUGGAGUGGGUAUAUUACCUGAAGCCAGAGAUACUCCACCACAAGCGUACCCCCUGUAUGGGUGGUCCAUGGGAUGUAGUGGACGAUUGCAAGUUCUUCCAUGCUAUAGAUCGGGAACUGUACACCUUCCUCGUAAGGGACCUUUCAAGGGAUCCCUUAGAAUGUCUCAACAUUAUGGGACUCUGGAUGUGGUUUGAGCGUGGAGCUGUAGACGAUGUUGUUAGCAAGAUCUUUUCACUCUCACCGGAAGUUCUUGAUCGACUUGUUGAUGAGGCCGAGGCAUGCCUCAAAGUCCUCAGAACCUCGCUCCGGUUACGUCCCAAACCAGUGGAUAUUCCACUCACUUGCACCCUCCUAAGAUCACCUAUAUAUAUGCAGAUGUUCUGUGAGAAUCGGGAUACCAUUUCCCAGGAAGUGUAUAAACUGGCAAACCGCAUAUACCUUCCGGCGCUGAUUGAUCUCAAGCAGAGAGCCUGCAAUGGUGAAUUUGGAACAAGCUCUGGAGAGUCUCUUGCAUUUCAGAGAUUGUCUUGGUUGACUUCUGGCAAAGACCUGUCCUUCUGUCUUGAAAAUGAGAUGGGAGCAUUUUCAAGGACAAUGUUUGCAAUAUUUGCUGAGGGCUCCCCCGUGGCUGAGCCUGAAAUCUGUGGGUUCUUCACUUUAUUGUUUGGGAACUGCAUUGAGUCUCUGCACAUGAAUGAUCCAGGGCCUGGACGCGAACCUGUGUAUGCUCGGAUAUGCUUCUACAGCUCAUCAUAUGUCCACAGAAUUCUUAAGUGGGAGAUUGUGGCAAAGUUGGUGAUCAAUGGUAAGAGUGUCUGGAUGAGGCCGUAUGUAUCGCGGAUUGGAUGGAAGCUGAAGCUCUGUGCUCCCUCAAGUACCAACAUGCUCACCCGGAAGUAGUUUUGAAGACAGGAGUGGAUGUUUUUUGAUCUUAAUGUCCUCUGGUGGUUUCUGUGUCCUGUUGAUGAACUGUGAUCAGUGCGGUGAUUUAUUGUAAGGGAAGUGGCUGAUUUAGGGCUUGAAUGGUGUCACUGCAGUCUGCAAAUGAAAAAAUAAUAAUGGAAAAAAGAAAAAGAAAAAGAAAAGAAAUAUUAAAAGGUUAAGAAAAUUAUUGCCUUAGUUGCAACCUAAUUACUGCCCUUCUUGUUGACAGCAAGGUUUUUGACAUCUGUCCCUACAAAUGAGAAUAUGGUUUCCCUCUUUAUUAUAAUUAUAGUAAUUAUUAAUAUAAAUUUUAUUCUACUUUAUUAAUUGACUUUGAGGUCCCUAACUUAAUAAGAAUUGGGAAUGUGUAGGGGCUGUUAGAUAUUGGAAAAUUUCCUCAAAAAAGAUAUGGAAGGAUGUGGGAUGAAGUUACCAAACUACACCCAGCAUUUUUGGUAUGGCCGCUUGAAGGCAUGUUUUAUUACUUAAGGCAUGUUUCGUUUUAUAUAUUUUUAGCAUGUUGAAUCAAAUUAUACAUGAAAGUAAUGCAAAGGAUUUUUUGUAUAUCUACUUUUUUUAUGGCUCAUUAUGCAUGGAUUGGCAGUUUCUUUGCAUAAAUUGCUCUAUGUUAGUGGAAUUCUUUUUUUGUUGGAUGAAAUGAAGUUAUUUUAUCUUAUGGAAUAAUUUUGAACUGAACUUUAGUCUAUUCUUAAUUAUAAAUUCUCUCUACCUAUGAGGAACAUUUGGGAUUAUAUUUACUCUAUUGAGUCCUUUUAAGCUUCACAUUUGCACUGUGGCAGACAUAUACAUGACCCUAACAGCUGACAAGUGGCAAAUUUAAUUGAAGUGAUGGCAUACAUAUUCUAACUGGAUAUUCACAGUUACACGAACAAUUGGCAACGGUUUCAUAUCUGUAGAGAACUGAACUCUUGUGGCAUUAACAUGUAAUAAAGGAAUUUUUAAGUAUAACCUUUGACUCAUGGAUUGUACGGACUAGGACCAAGUCGUAGAUCUACAGUUAAAUUAUUCGAGCUGUGCACAGUAAGCCCUUUUUUAUGAUUGACCAGUAACAUUGAUAAAACUUAUAGUCCAUUCAUUGCACUAAAAUCAAUAAUGUAUCAUGAUUACGCCGCACGUGGACAGGUAGGCUGGUCGGUAACUUUACUUUUUAGGGAAUUACCGGUUACUUUUGACUUUGAUAAGACUUAAAAGAUAAUGUUGGGUUGCAUUUAAUGAUGAAAAGAAUAUCAGUAGUACAUGUAUCGCCAAAUGGUAAGAAUCUCGUUAGGAAACUAUAACGACAAAAACAGAAUUAACCGUUCAUUGUAGCAGUUUCUUACUCGCGAGUGAUUGCAUUAUUUUACAUCUGUUUCACAGGGAAGCUGGGAUAUGAGCCAAUAGAAGAAUUGUCCUGAUGGUGCAUUUGCAUCAUAAUUGUGUUUACCGUGUCAGUUGAUGCUAUGUCUAUUGUCUACAUGGCGAACAGAUACUGGCUUUGGUGUAUAAUCCCAGGUAUAGAUCAAUUAACAAUUUUAGAUGAUUUAUUCAACUACAUAAUUUCAACUAGUAGUUCAUUAGGCUACAGAACAAAGUAGUUGCAACAAUAGUAGUAGAAGUAAUUAUUGUAAUAACAACUAAAUAAAUAGUCGAAAAUUCAUACUACCUUUACCAAUAUAUUGUUCGGAAAUUCUAGCAAUCUUAUCAUCAACAAUAUUACCUGUGUUUUAUAAUUUGAAGAAAUGAUGAGAUGUACCUGUUAUUAUAAUUCCAUUUCUUCACCUUGGAAGUCCCUAACUUACCACUGGAGUCUGGAGGUUGUUCUCCGAUAUUGAAAACCAUUGAUUAUUCCAGGGUCAUUUAUUACCAGUUUACCAACUACUAUGGAUGAUUCUUUUUCCAGGGAUGAAUGCAGUUAGUUGUUAGUAAUUUCUGUUCUCUUGUAUUACUACCGAUAACCUAACCUUAUUAAUGAUAGCGUUGGAGUAUGGCUAUAUAAUGUGAUAUUGGGGCAGAGUUUAGGGUACCACCCACAGCCUGAGAGUCUCCUCCACCACAAUGAGUGCAGCCCCUUUCCCUCGUUUCAGUUCCAUGGGUAUGUGGAGUUCCGUAUUUCCACAUGAAUUCGAGUUUUUCAAUGCAAUGGAUGGAGAUUUGUAUGCCCUCCUUGUGAGGGAGCUUUUCCUGCAUCCCUCAGUAUGCCGUGCCAUUAUGGCAUUGUGGCUGUGGUUUGAGCGUACGGGUGUUGCUGAUCUAUUGAGCAAGAUAUUUUCCUUGUCUCCAAGAAUAAUCACUCAACUUGUUGAUGAGGCUGUGACAUGCCUCAAAGUCAUUGGAAUAAGAUGUUUAUACCGAGCUGUGCCUGAACUAGCGGAAAUCCCACUGACUUGUACCCUCCUUGGAGCAGAGGGAUAUUUGGAGUACUUCCGUGAGAAUCAGCAGCUUGUUUUCGAAGAAGUUGUAAAACUGCGAAGUGACAUGUACGCCGCGUUCAUGUGUGAUCUGGAGGUGAGGUCCCUCAAUGGUGAAUUUGGCAUGAGAUGGGAUCAGCCUCCUUCUCAGCCCCGGUUAUCUCCUGCUGAAAACUUGGUUGAGAACUUCUCUAGGCUGACUUUGACUGAGGACUUGUCUGCCAGACUUAAAAAUGAGAUGUUAGCAUUCGAAAGGACCUUGUUCAUGUCAUUCCGCACGAGCCCUGUGACUGAAACUGAAAUAAGGGAUUUUUUCACUCGAAUGUUCGGGUGUUGCAUUGAGAGUGUGCACAUACAUGAAGUGAGGCGAGGCGAGAAACCUUUGUAUGCCCGGAUAUGCUUCCUUCAACCCUCAUUUGUCCAGAACAUUCUGAAUGGGAUGUGUAUGAUUCGGCUUGUGAUCAGUGGUAAGAUGGUCUCGGUGGUGCCAUAUCUGUCUCGGAUUGGACGAACUCUGAGUGCCUGUGGAUGCUUCAUGAACGGCCCGUCAAUCUGUCCACAUCCGUACUUCAGAUGUGUACUAUUUGCUACUGGAAUUGACAAACUUCCAACAAUGCCUUGGACAUGGACAAUAUUCCUUCAUAAAGAAGUGGAAUGACGAGAAAUUGCGCCAUGCAUG